UGGUAGAAAGCAGGGCACUUGUAAGCUGCAGUGUUGGUGUUGCUUUUAAGGGAAGAAUUUGGGAGCUCUUUGCUCCAGUGUGUUUUGGGUGCAGGAUGAUCAUAGAAUCAUAGAAUCUGUGAGAUUGGAAAACAGCUUUAAGAUCAUCAAGUCCAACCUUUACCCCAGGACUGCCAAGUCCACCACUAAACCAUGUCACUAAGGGCCUGAUGUGCAGUGCAGUCAGUAUGCCCUGCGGGGAUGUGUUGCUGGGCUGCUUGUGUGACUUGGAAAAUGAUAGCAGAGCUGGAGGAAAGCCCCUUGCUGCUUCACCUGCCAGACCGAGCCAGUGGCCACAGGGGAUGCAGCUCUCCAUGUGGUUGUCUUACCAGGGACUCCACUUUGGGCAGCAGGGGUUUUAUGGACUGUAGGAACUACACCAGGUGGGAGGCAUAGCUCUGUAGCCCACUGUCUUAUGGUGCUGCCCAUCUGUGGUGCCUGCUCCCAUCACUGCCCCUGAUCUCAGCUGGGUGGCUGGUGACAUUUCUGUGGGAACAGCGAAUUUGGAUGAACUUUUCCACUCUUUAAUGAUGCUUAGACAAAAUAUCUGCAGGAGCAUGGCCAGUUAUUUAAAAUUCCAAACUAAAAGGAAGUUUCUGCACAGAAGGUGCCAGGAGGUGGCACAAGGACAAAUCCUUGGCUUGUUUGAUAACACACCAGGCUGAGCACCAUGUGCAAGGGUGGCAAGGCUGUAUCAGCUGGAAGGGCUUUGUAGGGCCUGGUUGCAACCAGGGGCAUGUAGCAGUGUUUUGCUCUAGUGUGCUAAUACUUAGCUCCCUAUUGCAGCCAAGGGGACCACAACUGACAUGAGGGCUGCAUUCGUGGUGCUGCUCCUCUGGCCCAUAGCCUGCGCUCACCCUGUGCCUGGCCAUGAGCCCACCCGCUCCCUCCGCAGUGCCCAGCAACAGGACACAGCAAAUGAAGAGUACAUCAACAAGCUGGGCAACCUCCUGGAUGGUGAAGAUGGCAGACAUCCUCCAGUCACAGGAGAGACGGAAAAUACCCUUGCUGGGGACACAGCAGUUGGGAACGCUGUUGGUGAGGACCUGGGCAAGCAUGGUGGCCAUGACAAGGGGGACAGAGCUGGGGAGCCUCAGCACCUGAACCAGGUGGACCACGAGGAUGCGAGUGCCCGGGAUGGGAACAGCCUGGGUUUCCUGGAGGAGGAUGCACGUGAUGCUGAUGACAGUGACAACGGAGAGCACCAUGGCACUGGAGUCAAUGUGCUUCCCUCCCAUGCUGGCAGGCUCCUGGAUGAAGAGGAUGACAGUGGGGAUGACACCUUUGAUGAGAAUGGGGCAGAGGAUGGGGGUGAAGGUCCUACCUAUGUGGCAGUUCCUGAUGGGGCAGGCGAACAUGACCAUGACACUGGCCAUGGGGACACCGGGGCUGCUGGAGGGCACAGCGACAGCAGCAGCAGUAGCAGCAGUGAGAGCAUGGGGGCAGACCACCGGCAGUACAGGAACUACCUCGGUAGCCGGUAUGAGCGGACCUACAGGCAUGGAGGGGGCAGCAGCAGCAGCCAGGAGGAGGAACACUACAACUUCGAGGGUGGAGCCAUGCAGGGUGAUGACCCCUCUGUCUUUGAUGGCCCAGCCAGCAGCUAUAAGGGGCGUCGUGCUGGCCCUCAUGCCCUGGGCAGCAGCUGGGAGGCUGGCUCCCCCCAAUGGGAGGAGGGUGACAGCAGGUCCCCAGAGGUGGAGGAUGCUGACUCGGGAGAAGACAGCCCAUCCACAGAGGAAAGCAGUCAGUCAGAAGAGCCUGACACCAGCCAGUCAGAGGAGAACAGUGCAAGCCGCUCCAGGGAGGACGGGGAUGGGGAGGACAGCCCAUCCAGGGAGGAUGAGGACAGCGAGUCCAAAGAGAGCACCGCUGAACAGUCAGAUGAAGAGCCAGGGGAGUCCCCAGAGGACAUCCCCAAGGAGGUGGUGAGCGCAUCAGGUGAGCACAGCAGCAGCCAGUCCCGGGAAGAGCAGGAGGACCAGGAGUCUGCUGAGGACAAGAGUGCACCAUCCACACCUGACAGUGAGUCCAGAGAAGAUGACGGCAACCAGAGCUUGUCCACAGAGAACACUGCAGAGGAGUCAAAGGAGGAUGAGAAUGACUCCAACCCUGAUGGGGAUGAGCCGAGCACAUCAACUGAGAGCCAGAGCUCAUCACCAGAGGACGAUGGUAGCCAAGAGGAUGAUGCGGCUGAGGACAGCAGGUCCACAGAGAGCAACAUCAGUGAGUCCCAGGAGGAUGAUGAUGAUGAUGAAAGCCACUCCCAGGAGGAUGCCACCCGCGAGUCCAGCAGCCGUGGGGACAACAGCUCGCCACAGAGCCUGGAGAGCGGGAGCCGCAAGCGGCGGCUGGGUGCCUACCGCAACAAGCCUGCUGCUGACUACGAUGACAAUGACUGCCAGGAUGGGUACUGACACAUGUCACACAAGCUCACUGGUGCUGGGGGAGUGCGGGGGGAGGAGGGUUUAAUUUAUUUGCUAUUUAGCCUGGCUGGCUUCUUCCUGAGGAGAUGCUGUGGGUAAAAUGGAAGCAGGUUUGCCAUGACUCGAUCUGGGUAUACUAUACAGGGCAUGAAGUGGGAGGUGAUGCCAGGCACAGGGAAAAUGCCAAACUGCAGUGAGAAAAAGAUUUCCUAAACCAAGAGCUCUGAGUGCCAGCAGGGUGAUGUUGCCCACUUGCCACAUAGGCACAGUGGCAGCUCAGCACUGCAGGAGCUGCCAGCACCUGGGCAUGCUGGGCAGGAAGGUCCCUGUGUUCACCCCUUGUAUUUACCUAGCACUGCCCUGAAAGCAUCUGUCCAGACUCUAAUGGGGGCUUUCUGUUAGAUCCAUGUCCUGCACAUAAGGAGGGAAAGAGGAAAAGCUACAGCUGGUGUACACGUGUGGUGCGUGGGCUCAGCAGUGUGUGAAGUACCACUUCAGGAUGGAAUGUAUGUAAUAUUUUGUAAGAAAUGUACAGAAAACACUAUAUUGUAUCCUUUUUGCACUUGUAUUUCAAGGCUGAAAUGUACCCUGUUGAUUUCUCUAAUUACCAUUAAAACCAUCACACUC